AUGAGACGACAGACACCCCUACCCCAUCUGCUCUACAGCUACUUGUUCCCGCACCCCACCCCAAACGACCCGCCCUCCUUCGCUGCACACUUGGCUCGGAACUUGGUUCCCGAAGUCCGCAUUGAAGUGGCCACCUUCUACGGCGAUCUCAACAGCGCCGAGGCUCGCUACCCGGGCCUCAACUACUGCUAUCCCCCUCACCGCAUGCGUCUGGGCCGCUUCAAGCACCACCGCCGCCUGUUCGACGCUUUCGACCACCUCGCUCUCACCUACAAUGAGAUUCAGGAUUUCUGCUGUUGGGAGGGCACCAAAUGGGCACGCGAGCGUUACGAGAAGGACGAAGGAGUCAAGGUCAUGGAUACCACUGGUGACGAGAUCGCGCCAUUUGUGGAUCGGAGAGAACGCAGAUCCGACGAAUAUCUCCGGCGGAAUAGCAUCACUCGCAAGACCGACAUCUCGGUUACCGUCGAGGCCCGCCAACCGCCCAUUCACGAAGACGACGAGGACAUGAAUGACGCCGCGCCGGAAGACGACCUGCACGACCACACUCCACCCGACCGCGAAACUUCCUCCGAGGCGGCUGCGCGCGAGAGACACAUCGCACAAGUCACGCAUCACCGUGAUCAAUCCAUCACGCAACGCAUCAACAGACGCAUUCUGGCCGCGUGGGAGCAAGGCCAAGCCCUACCUCCCGACAUCGAGCAAUACCUCAAGGAGCAAUCCGAACGUGGCCACCCCAUGUUCUCGCAACGUCGCUCCUCCCAGCGCUACACUGCGCCGGAGAACGCGACACCCGUCGCUGCGAGUCAACCACGUGCAGCUGCAUAA